GCCGGCGGCCGGGCAGGGCCGGGGCGGCGCCGAGGCCCGGCCGGAGCGGGAGCCCGAGCGGAGCGGGCGCGGCGGCCGGGGCGGGGGGCGCGGGCCGGCGAAGAUGGCGAACGUGGGGCUGCAGUUCCAGGCGAGCGCCGGGGACGCGGACCCGCAGAGCCGGCCGCUGCUGCUGCUGGGGCAGCUGCACCACCUGCACCGCGUGCCCUGGAGCCACGUCCGCGGGAAGCUGCAGCCCCGGGUCACCGAGGAGCUCUGGCAGGCCGCUCUGAGCACGCUCAACCCCAACCCCACCGACAGCUGUCCCCUGUACCUGAACUGCGCCACCGUGGCCGCCCUGCCCUCCCGGGUGAGCCGCCACAACAGCCCCUCGGCCGCGCACUUCAUCACCCGACUAGUGCGGACCUGCCUGCCGCCGGGGACCCAUCGGUGCAUCCUGAUGGUCUGCGAGCGGUCGGACGCCUUCGCCUCGGCCUGCGCCCUGGCCCGAGCGUUCCCGCUCUUCACCCACCGCUCGGGGGCUGCUCGGCGCCCAGAGAAGAAGACCGUCGUGGUGGAGUUCUUCCUGGUGGGACAGGACAACGGGCCGGUGGAGGUGUCCACCUUGCAAUGUUUGACAAGCGCCACGGAAGGCGUGAGGCUGGCAGCGCGCAUCGUGGACACGCCCUGCAAUGAGAUGAAUACAGAUGCCUUCCUCGAGGAGAUUAAGAAAGUUGGACAGGAUCUGGGAAUCGCCCCAACCGUCAUCCGGGACGAGGAGCUGAAGACCAGAGGAUUUGGAGGAAUCUAUGGUGUGGGCAAAGCUGCGGUCCACCCCCCGGCUCUGGCCGUCCUCAGCCACACCCCAGACGGAGCCACCCAGACCAUCGCGUGGGUGGGCAAAGGCAUCGUCUACGACACCGGGGGUCUCAGCAUGAAGGGGAAGACCACGAUGCCGGGAAUGAAGAGGGACUGCGGGGGCGCCGCAGCUGUCCUGGGGGCCUUCAGAGCCGCCGUCAGGCAGGGUUUCAAAGACAACCUGCACGCUGUGUUCUGCUUGGCCGAGAACUCGGUGGGGCCCAAGGCCACGAGGCCAGACGACAUCCACCUGCUGUACUCAGGAAAGACCGUGGAAAUCAACAACACGGACGCCGAGGGCAGACUGGUGCUGGCAGAUGGCGUGUCCUACGCCUGCAAGGACCUGGGUGCCGACAUCAUCCUGGACAUAGCCACACUGACUGGGGCUCAGGGCAUCGCCACGGGCAAGUACCACGCGGCCGUGCUCACCAACAGCGCCGAGUGGGAGGCGGCCUGCGUGAAGGCCGGGCGGCAGUGCGGGGACCUGGUGCACCCGCUGGUCUUCUGCCCCGAGCUGCACUUCUGCGAGUUCACCUCGGCCGUGGCGGACAUGAAGAACUCGGUGGCGGACCGGGACAACAGCCCCAGCUCCUGCGCCGGCCUCUUCAUCGCCUCGCACCUCGGCUUCGACUGGCCCGGGGUCUGGGUCCACCUGGAUAUCGCCGCGCCCGUGCACGCCGGAGAACGCGCCACGGGCUUCGGCGUCGCCCUCCUGCUGGCGCUCUUCGGCGGGGCCUCCGAGGACCCUCUGCUGAACCUGGUGUCCCCGCUCGGCUGUGAGGUGGACCCCCAGGAGGGGGACGUGGAGAGGGACUCCAAGAGGCGCAGGCUGGUGUGACGCCCGCCGCCCCGCCCGGCCGCACAGGCCUUACCUCACUUUGCACUGAUGCCUCGUGAGCAGUGGGAAGGUCAUACCUGAAGAUGUGCUUUGCCUUGUUUUGUUUUCGUUGCCAUGGUGAUGGAAGCGGCUCCUUCUUAUGUCUUAGACGACAGCUCAGGGUUUGCCGGGCCCCGGGGAGGGGAGCGGGCAGCGACGGGCUUGUUUCUGUUUGGUUCCCCGCCAGCUUCUGCCGACCGGGCUCCCUCCUGGGGCUGCACGCCCUCGGGGUCCCAGGGUGCAUGGGGGCCCUGACACUCUUGGCCAAGUGGCCUGUGGGCCCCCUGCCCGCCUGGUGUCCACGUUGGGUGCCCAUUCUCCAGCCCUGUGUGUGGCACCCACGUGACAGAGAGCCCAGGCCCGCGCUCGGCCAGGGCUGCCGCUGCCUCCAGGCAGCCCACCCCUCUGAGUGGAUGGGGGUGACUUGCUUCGGGGACCCGAUUUUUGGAGCAAGAGGAAUCUCCCCUGGGCCCUUAGAAUUCACUGGAGCUUGGAUUAAAUAUGGCUGAACCACACGCU